AUCUUAGGCUGGUUUGGACUAUAUAAGUGAUAACUGAAAGUUUGAAGACAAACUUGAUCAGAAGAGAAAGAUGGAAGCUCUAAACAUCCUUCUCUUUCUGCUUCUAACUGCUUUUCAGGCAAAAACCACUGUGGGAUGGUAUUGGACAACAGCUUCCUCAUGCAUGUAUAACUGUGGAUACGACCUCGGCAGCUGCUCAUGCAACUACGACUGUCAGUACUAUGGCAACUGUUGCUCUGACUACGACAGCUACUGCUCUACAGUAACAACUGAAUGGCCAAGUACAACAGAUUCUCCGUCCUGCAUAUAUAACUGUGGAUAUUACUUCGGCAGCUGCUCAUGUGCCUACGACUGUCAGUACUAUGGCAAUUGUUGCCCUGGCUACUACAGCUACUGCUCACAGAUUCAAACGUUUUUGUUAUACAUGUAUUAA